CAUCGUGCAACAGGUGACAGAUCCACCGCUGACGAGUCGGAAGGCGUUUACGUCACACUUAGGCUUCUGUUAUUCUUUUUCACAUUAUUAUUCAUCUUUCCUUCUUUGAUUAAUACUUAUCCUACUAUGAAAGGUUUCCUACAGCUUUCAUUUCCUUUGUGUCUGAUCUGUUGACUUUGCUGCUCCCUCUUGACAAGCUUAAUAAUUCAUUUCUAACGAUUCGGUUCCCCUUCUCUCCGCCCUGUUCUUGUCUCCUUGUCAAGAGUCCAUUUUGAAGUUCAAUUUGUCUUCCAAAUUUUACUCUAGAAGCGUACUCACACUCAAUCCUGCGAAUGUUUAAAAUGGAAGUUGAUAAAUUCCUUUCCCACUCCCAGUAUGCUGUUCCUGUGGGUGGGGUGCUGUUAUUAGCAAUACUUGUGUUUACCUUUGGCUUUAAAACUGUUGCUGAGCCAACUUUUGACAGAAGUACUGGAAGUGAAGAAAAGAAAAAGAAACAAGUCAAACCAAAGACAAAGGUGAAGAAAGCAAAUGUUUCUGUUUCUCCUGAACUAACCGGAGAUUUCAAGAAAACAAGCACUCCUGCUCAACCUAAAUCCCCUGCCAAGACUGCUGUAAAAAAGGAGUCACCAAAAAAGACAGCUAAAACUGAGCAAACUAAAAAGGCUGAAGUGGAAAUUGUGAAAUUAGAAAAAAAAAGUGGAGAAGUUCAACAAAAGAAAAAGGAAGCUAAGCCAGCAGAUUUUGAUGAAGGUGACUGGGUUCAAGCUGUGAGCAAAAAAGACAAGAAGAAGAAACCAGCAGAUGGUUCUUCAGCUAAUGUUAGUUCAGCAAAUUCCCCUACUCAUGAAGCUGGAAAAAAGGCCGAAAAGAAGAAGAAGGAAUCUGUGAAGAAAAACGAGGAAAACAAGAGCAACGAAAUCCCCAUCGAGAAAAUAGAGAACGAUGUUGCUACCGUCCAGGAACCCGAAGUCAAGGCAGUAACAGAAGCCGUCGUUGUGGCUGCUCCAGUAGUUGUGGAAAUCGAGUCGGUCAAACUGGUGAAAAAAGAGGAGGAAAAGGCCAACAAAAAGGUUACCGCUGAAACAACUACUGAUAAAAAAGAGAAAAACAACAACAAUGCCAAUAACGCCAACUCAAAAAAAGUGGAAAAGGUCAAGGCAGAGAUAGUAGUUGAGAAAAUCAAGGAAACCGUAGAGAAAGUUACCGAUGCCACGCCACAUGCUAUUGUAAACGUAUCUGAAGACACGUGGCAGGAAAACAAGAGCAAGAAGAAGAAGAAGGCCCGUCGGGAUUAAACUUAACACUGCGUAGUGGCUUCACCUUUGCGCCAAACUCCAUGAUGGUUAUGAAAAUGUUAAUCAUUUUGUCUCCAUCCCAUUCAACUCCUGCGUGCAAAAAUAAGGUCAUUGGUCUUUGUUUUCCGUUCUUUUUUGUUUGACUUUAGCCUUCCUAUUCAAUACCCUACUCGGUGCUUCUUUUUUCUUUAAUUUGGUGAUUAUAGUCGAGUCUUUUUCUCUUCCUUUUUUUUUGUUGUUUUUUUUUUCUUUGUUUCUAUUUUUUCUUUAUUUUAUUUUCUAUUUUUUUUUUUUUUUCUUUUUCUUGUACUAUUAUUUUUAUUAUUCCUUUUUGUGUUCACUCAAGAUUCCCCGUUGUUGGCGUGGAUACAUUUUGAGAUAUUUCAGAAAGGGUUUAAGUGCAUGUAUUAUUGUGCUGUAUGUUCUUUAGUGAAACUGUUCCAUGUAGUGCACAGUGCGCACGUGUACGAUCCAUAUCAAAGUGACUUACAUCAAUAAGUCGGAAGUAGACACUUCAUUGGCAGUCCGAUAUUGUCGGAAUAGAACCCGUGUUUUUCCUCUGAUGGGGUUAAGAGACAAAACUAUGUGAACUUAUAUUCCUAGUAACGCAAAAAAAAAUGCGGGAUUUAAAUGCUAUUUUCUAUCGGUCAUGGGAAAUGUUAAAUUGGGGACCAGAGUGUUAUUUUUUAUUGAUAUGUGUAUGGGCUUCCAUGCGCAUUUCCCUUAUGUAGGUCAUAUGAAAUGCGGUGAAUGGUUUUUUGUGUGCGUGUGUAAAAUUCAAAUUCACAGUACGAUUCAAAUUAAAUGAGAAAGAUGAA